AUGCGAAUUAUCCGAGUUUUUGCAUUUUUUGUUUAUGGUAACAGAUAUGAAGAGCCUGAAUAUGCCUUACAGUGGUCUAUCUCUGAAUCUGGAUCUGAAACGAACGUAAGUGAAGGCGAUUGGGAAGCCACAAAUAACUGUCCGCCUGGACAACCAGGACCACCCGGAGAACCAGGAGAGCCAGGUGUGGAUGGCGUGGACGGUGAUCCAGGAAAACCUGGCAGAGAGGGCGAGUACGAGAGUCCAAUGACAGGCGCAUGCUCA